AUGAGCUCUUUUCAACCCUCCCAACAGGUCUCAAGACAGGCCACCAUGGACCCCCGGAACGAAAUCAAUCCGCUGAUGGACCACUACAUCGGCGUCGACGUUGGCACUGGCAGUGCAAGAGCGUGCAUCAUCAAUGACAAGGGUGAUAUCGUUGGGUUGGCAUCUGAAAACAUCGGCCUGUGGCAGCCUCAGCAGGGUUACUACGAACAAUCGACCACGGAUAUAUGGAGGUGCAUCUGUAUCUGUGUCCAGCGGGCCAUCAGCCAGCACAACAUCAACCCUCUCUCGAUCAAGGGAAUCGGGUUCGAUGCCACCUGCUCUCUCGCAGUCUUUGCCCACGACACUGGUGAACCCAUCUCCGUCACCGGGCCCAACUUCGACACCGAACGCAACGUCAUCCUCUGGCUUGACCACCGCCCUGUCAAGGAGACAGAGAAGAUCAAUGCCACUGGCCACAACUUGCUACGAUAUGUCGGCGGGAAGAUGUCGAUCGAGAUGGAGAUUCCAAAGGCCCUGUGGCUUAAGAACAACAUGCCAAAGGAGCUUUUCGACAGAUGCAAGUUUUACGACCUCGCAGAUGCCCUCACCCAUCUGGCCACCGGGAACGAGAAGAGGAGCUUCUGCAGUGUGGUCUGCAAACAGGGCUACGUGCCCGUCGGGGUGGAUGGAAGUAUCAAGGGGUGGCAGCCAGACUUUUUAAGCGCCAUUGGCUUGGAGGACCUUGCCGCUGACAACUUCAAACGUAUGGGCGGCGUUAAUGGAGAGAAUGGGGAGUAUCUGAGCGCGGGCGAAUUAGUUGGUGGUCUCUGUGAGACUGCGGCCGCCGAGCUCGGGCUUCCAGCCGGUAUUGCAGUCGGAAGCGGUGUCAUCGACGCAUACGCCGGUUGGAUUGGCACCGUUGGAGCGAAAGUCGACCUGGACUCUGACCUGCUGAGCUCUGAUGCUGCGAACAACGAUAGGACUCAGGCAUUCACCCGCCUGGCUGCCGUGGCGGGGACAUCCACUUGCCACCUAGCCAUGUCCCCUAACCCGGUCUUUGUACCUGGCGUCUGGGGUCCCUAUCGCGACACCAUCAUCCCGGGCUUUUGGAUGGCGGAGGGAGGGCAGUCGGCUACGGGCGAACUCCUUAAACAUGUCAUCGAAACCCAUCCGGCCUUUAACGAAGCACUCUCCGUCGCAGAGUCCUACAACUCCAACAUCUACGAUUAUCUGAACGAACACCUCAGGGAGAUGGCAGCUGAGUCCAAGGCUCCCUCGGUCUCCUACCUUGGUCGCCAUUUCUUCCUCUACGGCGACUUGUUUGGGAACAGGUCCCCGAUUGCUGACCCCCAGAUGUCUGGCGCCGUCAUUGGGCUGUCAAGCGAUAAGUCAGUCAAUGGGCUGUCGCUGUACUACUAUGGCACUCUGGAAUCCAUUGCGCUACAGACACGUCAGAUAGUCGAGACGAUGAACAAGGCCGGCCACAAUAUUACCUCUAUCUUCAUGUCCGGCUCCCAGUGCCAGAACGAUAUCUUGAUGGGGCUCAUUGCGUCAGCCUGCUCGAUGCCUGUUUUUGUCCCUCGUUAUGUCCACGCUGCUGUCUGCCAUGGUGCGGCGAUGCUUGGAGCUAAAGCCGCCAGUGCCGACAAGGAUGGCAAGACGGAAGGGCUGUGGGAUAUCAUGGACCGAAUGAGCAAGCCGGGCAAGGCUGUCUACCCGACCAAAAAUGAGCACGAAAAGCAGCUGUUGGAAGUGAAGUACAAGGUCUUCCUGGAGCAAUGCUACAAACAACAAGAAUACAGGUCAGAGGUUGACAAGGCCGUCGUUGGAUGGAAUCCUUGUUAA